AUGGGAAGAAGACCAGGAAGAUGUUAUAGACUUGUUAGAGGACACCCAUACCCAAAAUCAAAGUACUGCCGUGGUGUCCCAGAUCCAAGAAUCAAAUUAUUUGAUAUUGGAAACAGAAGUGCACCAUGUGAUGAUUUCCCAUGUUGUGUACACAUUGUAGGACUUGAAAGAGAAAAUAUUUCAUCAGAAGCUAUGGAAGCAGCACGUAUUUCAAUUAAUAAGAAUAUGCUUAAAUAUGCAGGUAAAGAUGGGUUCCAUGUUAGAAUUAGAAUUCAUCCAUUCCAUGUCCUUAGAAUUAAUAAAAUGCUUUCAUGUGCUGGAGCUGAUAGACUUCAAACUGGUAUGAGAGGAGCAUGGGGUAAAUCAUAUGGGUCAUGUGCUCGUGUUAAAGUUGGACAAGUUCUUAUUUCAGGAAGAUGUAAAGAACAACAUCUCCCAGCAAUGAUUAAAUCAUUCAGACUUGCAUGUUACAAAUUUGCAGGAAGACAAAAACUUGUUAUUUCUAACAAAUGGGGAUUCACUAAAUACACUAAAGAAGAAUAUCAACAACUUAAGAAAGAUGGAAAGAUUAUUGCUGAUGGAUGUUACUUCAAAUUAGCUACAACAAAAGGUCCACUUCCAAAAGUUAACUAA